ACCGACCUCGACAGCAUCGGCCACCACUGCGACCUAGAAUACUGCCACCAACUCGACUUCCUCCCCUUCCGCUGCGCCUCCUGCAAGGGCGUGUUCUGCCUCGACCACCGCACCGAAUCCGCCCACCAGUGCCCUCGCGCGGGGGACUGGGCCCGCAGCAGCACCAGCAGCACCAGCACCACCACAAACCCAUCCUCAACCCCAGCAUCAACCCCAUCCUCGACCCCCUCAACCAAACCGAAUAUCCACAACACAGCGCAAUGCAGCCACCUGUCCUGCAAAACCCUCAUCCACACCCUCUCUGAACCGGGCGUGCGGUGUCCCGAAUGUCGGAGGGAGUAUUGUCUCAAGCAUCGGUUGCGGGAGGGGCAUGCUUGUCAACCUUUCGUUCCUGUGCGGGGGAGUUUUACCUCGCUUUCUUCUGGGAGUAGCGGGGGGAAUGCAGGGAGGAGUCUAGGGCCGAAGGAUAAGGAUAAGGAUAAGGGGGCUACCGCUACGGCUACGACUACGACUACCAAGAAAAAGCCGGUCAAUCGGGCGAUGGCGGUGAACGCGCUCAAGCGGACGGCGAAAGGGGAUGCGGCUGUGCCUGCUGAGCGGAGGGUGUAUCUUUCUGUUGAGGCGGCGGCUUCGCCUACUAAGUCUGCUGCUGCUGCGGCUGCGGGGGCUGCAGGGGCCGCAGGGGCCGCAGGGGCAGCAGGGGCGUUUUGGUUCGAUGGGAAGUGGAAGGUCGGGCGGGUGCUGGACGAUGCGGCGCGGAGGCUCGGGGUGGAGAAUGUUAAUAACCGGGUGGCUGGGGAGGAGGAGCGGCUGCGCGUGUUCCAUGUGGAUGGCGGGGUGUUUUUGGAGUUUGGCGAUACGUUGGGCGAGAAGGUGGUCGCUGGGGAUACGUUGGUGUUGUUGCGGGGGGCGGGG